AGGUUGUGGUGCGGCCUAAACAGAUGGCGAAAUUACUUACGACAGAGAUUGAAAUUAAAUAAAAAUAAAAUUUCUGGUGAGCCCAGGCAAUAAUUUAGGCAAAUGUCCGGAUUUAUUGAGGAAAAAUCCUUUAUGUUGCCCCGCGUGGCGCUCAUAGCAUGUGGAUGCUUCAGUCCACCAACGCCAAUGCAUAUGCGUUUGUUCGAGAUAGCACGAGAUUAUUUUGAGCUUCGUGGCACGCAUAAAGUUGUUGGCGGUAUAAUAUCACCCACACAUGACUCAUAUGGCAAGAAAGGACUGGCUCCAGCAUUGGAUCGCUGCGCCAUGAUAAAGCUGGCUGCUCAAUCCUCAAAUUGGAUACGCUUGUCCGAUUGGGAGGUACAUCAGCCACAAUGGAUGCGCACAAAAGCGGUGCUGCAUUAUCAUCAGAACUAUUUGAACAACUACAUCAAUUCGCCAUACGAUGAGGAGCCAAAUGAGCUGCUACCUGGCUGGUUGCCACCGGGAUUGCGUGAACGACGGGAUCCCAUUCGUCUCAAACUGCUAUGCGGAGCUGAUUUAUUAGAAUCUUUUGCUGUGCCCGGCUUGUGGGCCGAUGAGGAUAUUGAAGAAAUUGUCGCUAACCAUGGAUUGGUCGUCAUAACCCGUUGUGGCUCUAAUCCUGAAAAGUUCAUAUUCGAUUCGGAUAUUCUAACAAAGUACCAGCAAAACAUAACGCUUAUUACCAACUGGGUGCCCAAUGAAGUGAGCUCUUCUCUCGUUCGUCGUCUUCUAAGUCGCGGAGAAUCCGUGAAGUAUCUUUUAGAUGAUAUGGUACUUAAUUACAUCAAGCGCCAGGGCUUGUAUAAUGUAAAAUCUAAGUAUAUAACGGAUGCAGUGCGUCCAGAUCAUUUGAAUUUCAAUCGCGCAUAUAUGGACAAUAACAAGAAUGCAAUCAAACCGGAAAGCGAGCAACCGGAACAGCUAAUGGAAGAUGAGUCGGACAGUCCGCUCAGGCAGCAGACAGCGCGUGUAUUUUGCUGCGGCGAAUCGUCGCGCACCAGCACCAAGCUGCUGCUGAGUCGCCCUGGUCCCGGUCAGGCGGUGCAGGUUAUGACAGUGCAGAGCAAGGACACCAUCGAUGGCUUGGAGCAAUCGCAGCCCAAGAAACAGAAGAUAGCCAAAGUGCAGCAGGUCUGAGGAGUUCGAAUACCAAAAACUACGGAGUUAUACAGGCUGGAUACCUAUCCAGGAUAACUAGGAAUGAACAAUGUUUUAUCGUUGUUGUAGAUAUC